AUGCCGGACGAUGGCUCAAUUCAGAUUCGAUUAGGCUACACGAGGUUCGAUGAUAUGGUCCGCGAGAUCAUGACUUGGUCAGAUCGAACCGCAAACGACAACAGCAUGGGACUGCCACAGGCAGGUAUCAAAUCCGCUCAACAUUCUGUCGACACCCUGCUGCAGCAGCCGAUUUCUCCGCGACGGCGUAUACCACAGAUCUCGCAACAGUCCCACCCGGCGUCAAAGCCAUUGCCCAACACCCCUGCACUACAGACCCAGCAAGUGUUACAAAGUGCAGCUGUAGCAGAAGCCAGUGCAAUGUUGAAAGAGGACCUCGUACUACGCCAGCGAUCAGAACAACACAAGGCACUCGAUGAUACAGCACACCCACCGCUUCGCGGCUACAAAGCGAAACGACCGAGGCCACUUGCCACUUCGCAGCAGCAAGAAUCAACGAUACGGGCCAAAUCUGUCAACACACAGCCCAGCCCGAUCAGAAAUGACAGACACGCCCACGCCCACGCCCUCACCGUCAAGCAGCAAUCGAGAGAUCUGCCUUUGGAGCUCGAAGAGGAAGAGGACCUGGAUACCUUCAUUGAGUGGCCAGAACAAUACAGUCUGACACCACCACUGACGGCGAGGAAUCUGUCUUCCGGUACGAGAGCCCAACUUGAAAUUCCGAGCACUCGCUCGAGCAAUGAGAAGCGUCACGCUGGCAUCUGGGAGUGGUCUUUCGAUGACUUCCUUCUGUUCGAGGAGCACAAUUCGUGA